GGUACUCUCUGCUGCCCCAGAUUCGAAGCUCUCAUCUUCACCAGGUAUGCUGCUGGUAUUGUAUGUGAAGUAACAUCUGCUCUCUUCAAACAUGUCAUUAUCACGGGUUUGUAGAAGAGCCGUUCCCUUGUUCAAGAGCGCACUGCAUUUACCUCUUGAGUCCAGAUGCGUACCCAGUUAUAAUUUAAAUGGCGGUAAUACUUUAUGUCAGAGGCAUUUUGGCCAUUAUAGUAUGUGGCGUCCCAAGUUAGGCUCAUUUGAUAAGUGUAGUCAGCAUCAGCCCUUUGCUGCUCAAUCUCUUUUGAGAAUCCAGCGACUCUAUUCUACUCAGGCUGCCACACAAGAGAAAUCACGCAAGACGCUAGUGUACCUUACGGGUUUGGUUUUUGCAAUGGUUGCAGCCAGUUACGCCGCAGUUCCUCUGUACAGAAGAUUUUGCCAAGCUACUGGGUAUGGUGGCACAAUCCAACGCCGUGAGAGUGUUGAACAGAAGAUUGCUCGACAUGCUAAGGAUGGCACAGUCACCAAAAGAGAGAUUGUGGUGCAAUUCAAUGCUGAUGUGGCUGAUGGAAUGCAAUGGAAGUUUACUCCUACACAAAGAGAGGUAAGGGUCAAACCUGGUGAAAGUGCACUUGCUUUUUAUACGGCUGAGAAUCGUAGUUCAACUCCAAUAGUUGGUGUCUCUACAUAUAAUGUUACCCCAAUGAAGGCUGCAGUAUACUUCAAUAAAAUACAGUGCUUUUGCUUUGAGGAGCAACGCCUCCUUCCUGGGGAGCAGAUUGAUAUGCCUGUCUUCUUUUAUAUCGACCCUGAGUUUGAAACAGAUCCAAGAAUGGAUGGUAUCAAUAACAUAAUUUUAUCCUAUACCUUUUUCAAGGUUUCAGAGGAAUGAAGCUUCUCAACUUCUAUACUAUUGUGAAAAUAAUUCUCAGAAGAUUGUUGUUAGUGACUGAACAUAUAGCGACAAGCAAGAAAGAGGGCAGUAGAGAUACAUUAUACAUCAUUGUCUUUGUGGAUGUCCUUAUUCUCCUGUAUCAUGGCAUUUGUAGUAGACAGAUCCGGAGUAUCCUCUUGCAUAGCUUUGAGUAGAAUAACAAUCAGUUUUUAACACACCAGCUGGUAUCCCAUGCGUAUUG